AUGAAGCCUGUCAAAAUUGAGCGAGAAACGUCAGGCGAUCUGCAAUCGAAAGUCACAACCGCAUUAGAAGAAGAAUGCAGCUCAAAUCCAUUGUGGCUCGUUGAGAUUGAAGUACCGCGAGAAUUUUUCACAUGCAGAGCCUUUCCAGGUGCCCUCAUAACAGCUCAACAAACAAUUAUUCGACAUCAAUCAGAAGUUCCUGACAAAUUAUCGGAUUGUCAAAUGGAUAGUGUAUGUGAUAAAUCAGUACCUUAA